AGGGGUCGUGAGUGUUUUCGGAGCUUUGCCUGGACGAAAAACACCACCCUAGGCGCCUGCCAGUCGCUGCUGCCGGGGAGAGCCAGGGGAGUCCUGCGGUCCUGUGGUCCUGCGGAUCCGGCGGGUCCUGCGCGUUGGCGGCGUCCUGCCACCCACGACCGACCUGAGUAGAACCUCAGCCGCGGCUCUUGCGCGACGCUCCCCGGCUCUCGUAGCCCACUGGGGGUCGGAGUCCCGCGGCCUGCGCAGCCCAGCUCUCAGGAAACGCGACCCUGUCACCUCUUUGGAAAGACCCUUUUCAGUACUUGGAGAGAGAAAUUCCAUUGCCUGUAGGAGCGCUACUCCAUCUGAUCCAGCCCUGCUAAAGCCAACAGGAAGGAAGGGGAGCACGACCUGAAACUGGCGAGUCACACUCCGCUGGUGUCCACGUGGCCAGCCCCUCCUGCACGGGAAGCUGGGGAAAACAGACUGAAAUCCAGGGUUCUGCUGGGCCACUGCCGGUGGAAUGGCCAGCCUGCAGGAGGCCAACGGAAGCACAGCGUGGCCACCGCCCGCAGCAUCCAAUAUCAGUGAGCCCCACCAGUGCCUGCUGCUGCUGUAUGAGGAUAUCGGCUCCUCCAGGGUCCGGUACUGGGACCUCCUGCUGCUCAUUCCCAAUGUGCUCUUCUUCAUCUUCCUGCUCUGGAAGCUUCCCUUAGCUCGGGCCAAGAUCCGUGUCACCUCCAGCCCCAUUUUUAUCACCUUCUACAUCUUGGUGUUUGUGGUAGCCCUGGUAGGUAUUGCCAGGGCUGUGGUUUCUAUGACAGUCAGUGCCUCUGAUGCUGCGACAGUUGCUGACAAGAUCUUGUGGGAGAUCACCCGCUUCUUCCUCCUAGCCAUUGAGCUGAGCGUGGUCAUCCUGGGUCUUGCCUUUGGUCACCUAGAGAGCAAGUCCAGCAUCAAGCGGGUACUGGCUAUCACCACAGUACUGUCUCUGGCCUACUCGGUCACCCAGGGAACUCUGGAGAUCCUGUACCCUGACUCCCAUCUUUCGGCUGAGGAUUUCAACAUCUAUGGCCACGGUGGCCGCCAGUUCUGGCUGGUCAGCUCUUGCUUCUUCUUCCUGGUCUACUCACUGGUGGUAAUUCUCCCCAAGACCCCACUGAAGGAGCGUGUAUCCCUGCCCUCACGGAGGAGUUUCUACGUGUAUGCAGGCAUCCUGGCCACACUCAACUUGCUGCAGGGCUUGGGAAGUGCUCUGCUGUGCGCUGACAUCACUGAAGGGCUCUGCUGUGUGGACGCUACUACCUUCCUGUACUUCAGCUUCUUUGCACCGCUCAUCUAUGUGGCCUUCCUCCGUGGCUUCUUUGGCUCAGAGCCCAAGAUCCUUUUCUCCUACAAAUGCCAAGUGGAUGAGGCUGAAGAGCCAGACAUGCACCUGCCACAACCCUAUGCAGUGGCCCGGCGCGAGGGCAUGGAGUCUGCGGGGCCUGCGGGAGUCUCAGCAGCCAGCUACUCCAGCACACAGUUUGACUCCGCUGGGAUGGCUUACUUAGAUGACAUUGCUUCCAUGCCCUGCCACACAGGCAGCAUCAACAGCACAGACAGUGAGCGAUGGAAAGCCAUCAAUGCCUGAGAGGAGGCCUGUGAAGAGAGAUGGGCUCCUGGGUGGAGCAGACUGCCCCGGGCAGGUGUGCCUGUCCCCCAGGACACAGGCUCUUCCUGUUCUUCACCCCCAGCUCCCCUUUGCCACCUGUGCUCCAGCUUGGGACCCCAGCCUUCCCAGCACUACAUUCCUGCUGGGGGUCCCCCCUGCCUAUCCCCUGUCCCUUCCCCAUAGCUCUCAGUCUCUUUAGCCUCAGGGCUGCAGUGUGUAUAUUUUCUUGAUCUGUUUUUUUAAUAAAAGCAAAAAGAGAAGCAGGUGUGGGCUGGUGCUUUU